AUGACUGGCCGCAAGAGUUUUGCCCCGAACCGGGUGCGCAAACGUAAAGUGCUGGAUCGCAUGCGGGCGGCUGAGAAUGGCACCCGAGAUGCUCCGCAAGACACGAAUGUUCUCGAGAUCACGCCUGCCGAGCAGGCCGAACGCGAGAGGAAAAAGGCCCAACUUCGCGAAGAGCUGAGGCCCGCUGGCGUCAAAGUCAGCAGCAAGAAGGCCAAGCGUCUGGAAAAGUACAUCGAGAACAAGUUGAAGAAGGAUGAGAACCGCGAGCUGCUCGCCAAGCUCGCCGCGAACAAAAUCGACACCAGCCUGUUCGUCAGCGCUAAGAACCUUGGCCAGACCAAGGAGACAAAGAGAGAUGCGUUGAGACGUGCUCUAAAGGAGCAGAACGCCGGUCUUACUCUCGAAAAGUCCGAUGCCGAGCUUCUCUAUCAGCGCCGGACGGUCGCAGACGUCGAACCACGAGAGAAUGGCGUAGCAAGCUUGUCGGAGGAUGAGGAGAUGGAAGAUUCGGCUACUCUCCAGAAAGGGGCUCGUUUGGCUGGACCGCGGCCUCAGCAAGAGCAGGCCAAAGAGGAACAACCAGAGUCGGAGGAGUCAGAGCAACAAGAAGAGGAUCAGUCUGAACAGGCUCAACCAGAGCAACCUAAGCCUGUCAUCCAAAUCGCUCCUGGAUCUGGUCUGAAGCGUCCUCUGGAACUUGAUGAGUCAGGCCGCCCAAAGUUGGCCAAGCGACAGAAGCGCGGUGGUGUCAAGUCGAAAUUCAAGGUCGAAGCACCAGUAGUACUGAUGGAGCCUUCUUCUGAGGAGUGGAGCGGCUUCAGCGAUGACCCUGACGCGGCUUCAGGAGCUGGGUCGGCAGAAGGGUCUAGCCAAGAGGAGUCCGCUAGCGAGAGCGAAUCAAGCGAGUCGGACAACUCAGAGGAGAGCAGUGAUGAAAACGAGGACAUAGAGAGCUCUGAAGCGGAAGCGGAGGAUGCAGAAUCCGAGGACUCGGCCGAAGCUGCUCGGAGACGCCAGGAGCGGUCAUCUGCCUUCAAGGCGUGGGCCCAACAAGCGCGAAAUGAGGCGUUGGGUUACAAACCGGUCGAGACUGGGCCGCUCCAGAUUCCCAAGCCCGCCAACUUCGUUCCUCGUCCUCUUGAAGAAGACCCUCUGCCGAUCGAAUUGCAGCCGACCACGAACGUCGACCGAAAGGCUUAUGCGGUGCCUGUGAAUCGGAGCCCUGAGAUCCAGGCGGCUCGCUACCAGCUUCCUGUGUGCGCUGAGGAGCACACCAUCAUGGAAGCCAUCCACAACAACGACGUGGUGGUCAUCUGUGGUGCGACUGGUUCCGGCAAAACCACACAGAUCCCUCAGUUUCUCUUCGAAGCUGGCUACGGUGCUCCGGACGGGCCCACGCCCGGCAUGAUUGGCGUGACGCAGCCCAGGCGUGUGGCUGCUGUUUCCAUGUCGAAGCGUGUGGCUCAGGAGAUGGGUGACCGUUCUGAUACCGUCGCCUACCAGAUCCGUUUCGAGGGUACCGUCGAUCCCAAGACAGUCAUCAAGUUCAUGACCGACGGUGUGCUUCUUCGGGAGAUCACACAAGACUUGACCCUAAAGAAUUACUCUGCCAUUGUGAUUGAUGAAGCUCACGAGCGGAGUGUCAACACCGAUAUCCUGAUUGCCAUCCUCAGCAGAGUGGUCAAGCUCAGGGCAGACCUGGCGAAGGAGAAUCCAGCCAUAAAGCCUCUGAAGCUGAUCAUCAUGUCUGCCACGCUGAGAGUGGAAGAGUUCACGCAUAAUACAACUUUAUUCCGUGUUCCUCCUCGUGUCAUCGAGGUUGAAGGCCGUCAGCACGAGGUCACCAUCCACUUCUCUCGCAGGACACGGCACGACUAUGUUGAGGAGGCCUUCCGCAAGAUCUGCAGGGGUCAUCGCAAGCUUCCUCCGGGUGGUAUGCUCGUCUUCCUAACCGGUCAGAACGAGAUCAUGCAGCUAGCCAAGAAGCUGAAGGCUGAGUUUGGCGGCAUGACCUCCGCUGCUGGCCCGAAGGUGCGCAUCUCUGCCAGCGAGGCCCCUGUCGAAGUUGAAGAUAUCGACUUUGGUGAGGCCGACGAUCGCAAUGUCAACGAUGUGGACGACUACGACGAUGUUGAAUUCCCUUCGGACGACGAGGAGGAAGAGAAGGAGUUUGAGUUAGAAGAUGAAGAAGUCGGCACCGGUCCGCGGAAGAUGCACAUCCUUCCUCUCUACUCUCUCCUCCCGACGAAAGAGCAGAUGAAGGUCUUCGAGCCUCCUCCAGAGGGCCACCGUCUUGUUGUCCUGGCUACCAACGUUGCUGAAACUUCUUUGACAAUUCCUGGUAUUCGCUACGUUUUCGACUGCGGCCGCUCGAAGGAGCGUCGCUAUAAUCCUGUGACCGGCGUCCAGAGCUUUGAGAUUGGCUGGAUCAGCAAGGCGAGCGCACAGCAGAGAGCUGGUCGUGCCGGUCGUACGGGUCCUGGUCACUGCUGGAGGCUGUAUUCGUCGGCUGUGUACGAGAGGGACUUCCCUCAAUUCGCCGAUCCCGAGCUCCUGCGGAUGCCCAUCGAGGGUGUCGUUCUCCAGCUGAAGGCCAUGAAUCUGCAGCGCGUGGUCAACUUCCCCUUCCCAACUCCUCCGCCACGCGAGAGUAUCGCCAAAGCAGAAAAGCUCCUUACCUACCUGUCAGCCAUCACCCCGGAGGGCAAGGUCACGCCUCUCGGACAGACCAUGUCCAUCUUCCCUCUGGCUCCUCGCUACGCCAAGAUCCUGCUACUUGGCCAUCAGCACGAUUGCCUCCCCUACACCAUCGCUCUUGUGGCCGGUUUGUCUGCUGGCGAGAUCUUCAUUCCCGAGAGUCAGGCGAUCCCAGCGAUUGUUGAGCAGAACGAGGAGUUCCGCACCAACGAGGAUGUCAUCGCUGAGGACAAGCGGGCCCGGAUCCAGAAGGCAUACAACACGGUCCACAAGAACUUUUGCUACCUUGACGACAAAUCGGAUGCCAUCAAGCUGCUUCAGGUUGUCGGCGAGUUCGCUCACGAGCCAACCGAGGAGUGGUGCCAGAGCCACUUUGUUCGGUACAAGGCAUUGAAGGAGGUCAGGCAGCUCCAGUCACAAAUCGCCCAGCUGGUCCGGACCAACCUGCCCGCCUUUGCCAACUUUCAGCUGCCCGACAAGAUGGGUCCGCCAACUCCCAAGCAAGUCCAAGCCUUGAAGCAGUUUGUCGCUGCGGGCUUCAUCGACCAAGUCGCCAUCCGGGCCGACAAAGCACCUAACCCACCGCCGAUGCCACGCAAGCCUCACCGCGCCAUCGACGUGCCAUACAUCCCCCUCAUCCCUCUCGAGGACACCGGCGAACGCAGCACCGACCCGGAGCAAGCCCUUCUCGAAAAGCUGGUCUACAUCCAUCCCUCGUCGCCCCUUGCUCACCUCAGCGUCUCAGAGUGCCCUGAGUACAUCGUCUACUCGCACCUGCAGCGCGGGUCCAACACUGGCGCGGACGGCGAGAAGAAGGCCAAGAUCCGCAUGCACGCCUUAACCGACUUGACCGGCUCACAGCUGGCUGCCCUCGCCAGGGGCACGCCGUUGAUCAGCUAUGGCAAGCCCAUCAAGGAGGUUAAGGGAUCGGAGAGCGAGGAUGGAAAGACGAGGGAAGUCUGGGUCAUCCCGUACCUUCGGGCCGAGACAGGUGGCGGGCUUGGAUGGCCGCUGCCUGCUCGGAAAGUGACGCAGAGGAGGAUACCAGGGAAGGGUUGGGUUGUCGAAUGA